AUGUUGAGGAACACAGUCAAGAGACAUCUCAAGAAUUUUUCCAGAGCCAAAACUGGCCCGGGAGCCGUUUUCUGGUCCAAAAACGGUUCAGGCUUGCGCAUCAAGCCAAUGAGCAUGGCUCAAGUAGCCACUUACUCAACGAAAAUCCCACCAAGACUCACUGCUGAGUCGUAUCCAAGCGUGCAGCGUUUGACACAAUUCAAGAAACUUUCCCCAGAGGAUAUGACUUUUUUCCAGUCCAUAUUGUCCGGUAGCGAAAUUUUGCAGGCCACGGCAGACGAAGAUCUGGCGCUGUUCAACGAGGACUGGAUGCGCAAGUAUAAGGGUCAGUCCAAACUAGUUUUAAGACCCAAAAGUGUCGAACAGGUUUCCCAAAUCCUCAAGUACUGCAACGACCAAAAAUUGGCCGUUGUUCCACAAGGUGGUAACACAGGCCUGGUUGGCGGAUCGGUGCCAGUGUUCGAUGAAAUCGUCUUGAGUCUCACCCAGCUUAAUAAAAUCCGCGAUUUCGACCCCGUGAGCGGAAUCUUGAAGUGCGACGCCGGUGUGAUCUUGGAAAAUGCCGACUCGUACCUGGCAGAACAUGGCUACAUAUUCCCCAUGGACUUGGGGGCCAAGGGGUCUUGCCACGUCGGUGGUAUCGUGGCCACUAACGCCGGAGGUUUGAGAUUGCUGCGUUACGGCUCUUUGCAUGGCACUGUUCUGGGCCUUGAGGUCGUUCUACCAAACGGCAAAGUCUUGAACUCCAUGAACGCUCUGCGAAAGGAUAACACCGGUUAUGAUUUGAAACAAAUGUUCAUUGGGUCCGAAGGUACCAUCGGUGUGGUCACCGGUGUGUCGAUUUUGACGCCUCCUCGUCCAAAGGCCGUCAACGUUAGCUUUCUCGGUGUGGGCAGCUACGAAGGUGUUCAAAAGGUGUUUGUGCAGGCCAAACAGGAGCUUUCCGAGAUUUUGUCCGCCUUCGAAUUCAUGGACCUCAAGUCUCAGAAGCUAGCCAAACAGCAUUUAAAGGACGUGGCUCAUCCACUCGAGGAUGAGUACCCAUUUUACGUCUUGAUUGAAACCUCAGGUUCCAACAAAGAGCACGACGAUGCCAAGCUCGAGGCUUUCCUUGAAAAAGCUAUGGAUGAUGGAACUGUUCUUGAUGGCGUAGUGGCGCAAGACGAGACUGAGCUGCGAAACUUGUGGGAGUGGAGAGAGUCGAUUCCCGAAUCGAGCCAAGCUGGCGGGGGUGUCUACAAAUACGAUGUCUCUCUGCCACUCAAAGACCUAUAUUCCCUUGUCGAAGCAGCUAACGAAAGAUUGGCUGAAAAGGGUCUUUUGGGCGAUUCCGAUGCCACUAAACCAGUUAUAAGUGCUGUGGGCUACGGACACGUCGGAGACGGAAAUCUCCAUUUGAACGUCGCUGUGAGAGAGUACUCCAAGGAGGUGGAAAAGGCUCUUGAGCCUUUCGUCUACGAAUUCGUUUCUUCUAAGAACGGAUCCAUCAGUGCCGAGCACGGACUGGGGUUCCAGAAGAAGAACUACAUUGGUUACUCCAAGAACGAGCAGGAAGUUGCUAUGAUCAAGCAGCUCAAGAAUCUCUACGACCCGAAUGCCAUUUUGAAUCCUUACAAAUACGUAUGA